AUGAGGAGCAACUUGAUUUCGUCGAACGUAUUCUUAGUUGCUUUCCUUCAUAUCUUCUUGCUAAUUCACAGUAAGCCUCUUGUACCGGCUCUGUAUGUGUUCGGAGAUUCAUUGUUUGACAGUGGCAACAACAAUCUUCUUCCCACUGUUGCCAAGGCAAAUUACCCACCUUACGGCCUGAAUUUUGGCGAACACUUGACCGGUACGUUCACUAAUGGAAGAACUCUUCCAGACUUUAUAGAUGUUGUUACAGUACCUCCAUUUAUAAUAAGUAAAAAAUCUAUUUUGAAAUAUUUAUCCUUAGAGAACAUCAACUUUGAUGUGCCAGCUUUAUACGUAUUUGGAGACUCUUAUGUUGAUGCGGGAAAUAAUAAUUAUGUUCAUGUCCCGCAAAUUGAAAGAAAUUAUACUCCAUAUGGAAUAGAUUUUGGUGGAAAACCUACGGGUCGUUACACCAACGGAAGAACAGUAGCGGAUUUCAUUGCUCAAAUUGUUGGCUUGCCAUUCCCUCCUCCUGUGCUAAGCUUGUCUAAGGGAGAUAAGAGAAUUCCUCAAACUGGUAUAAAUUAUGCUUGCGGUUUCACUGGCAUCCUUGAAAAAUUUGGAAAACUGUUUGAACGAAUGCCAAGCUUGAAGGAGCAAGUAGAUUUGUUCGAGAGCACAACAAAAGGGUUGCAGAGUCAAUUUCAAAGCAAGGAAAGUUUUUCUAGAUACUUGUCAAAAUCACUUUUUUUUAUCAAUAGUGUUGCGUAUGACUUGGAUAUCGAGUGGGAUGGACUGCGCUAUUUCUAUGAUGAGAACUAUUAUACUCAACUUCUCAUAAAAGACUUAUCCAAGCAUUUACAGAGAUUAUAUCAGCUUGGUGCACGUAAAAUUGUGGUGAAUAAUGCAUCUCCAAUAGGAUGUCAGCCGCAUCUAAUAAGUGGAGGAUUUACCGAUGUAAGGAGCAGUUGUUGUACUGAAAUAGAUAAAGGUUUAACUAAACCAUGUCUUGCAAAUGUAGCACCAUGCAAAGACAGAAGUAGCCAUGUUUUCUUCGACCCAAUGCACCCAAGCGAGAGUAUGCAUUUCAUAUGGGCAAGGCGUCUCUUAAAGGAUUCAUCAGUUUCUUCUCCCAUCAACUUGAUUCAGCUAAUACAAUCUUAA